GGUUUAUAUAAAGAGUUGAAGGGUGGAGCUUCUCUUAUGUUUAGACGAUUGCCAGCAUGAGGGACCUGAUAUUCCUGGCACUGCUUGGAGCUGCGUUUGCUGCAGCUGAGGAUGAUAAGAUUGUCGGAGGGUAUGAGUGUCCCAGACACUCUGUUCCCUACCAGGUGUCUCUGGAUGCUGGAUACCACUUCUGCGGAGGAUCCCUGAUCUCCAGCCAGUGGGUGUUGUCUGCUGCUCACUGCUUCAUGUCUCGUAUCCAAGUCCGACUCGGUGAGCACGACAUCGGCGUGAACGAGGGCACCGAGCAAUGGAUCGACGGCUCCAAGAUUAUCAAGCACCCUCAGUACAACAGCUACAGCCUGGACAACGACAUCAUGCUGAUCAAACUGAGCCGCCCCGCCACCCUCAACAGCUUUGUCCAGACCGUGGCCCUGCCCUCCCACUGCCCCGCGCCUGACGAGGACUGCCUGGAGUCCGGGUGGGGCAACACGUCGGCCGACGGCAGCGACUAUCCCGACAGGCUGCAGUGCCUCAGGCAGCCCAUUAUCGAUGACAGGAUCUGCAGGAACGCCUACCCAGACCUCCUCACCGAGAACAUGCUCUGCUCCGGGUUCAUGCAAGGGGGUGCCAGCAGCUGCCAGGGGGACUCUGGAGGUCCUCUGGUGUGUAGUGGUCAGCUGCAGGGGAUCGUGUCCUGGGGUUAUGACUGCGCCAUGAAGGGACACCCCAGCGUCGCCACCCGUGUGUGCCGUUACAACAGCUGGAUCAGUUCUGUUAUGGGCAACAAUUGAAGACACACAACCCCCCCCCCAACAACUAGUGUACAUACAAUCUCACACUGCAACACCACACUAGUCAUACUCUGUUUAUUUGGAACACCUUAGGUAUUAUUAUCAGUCAUUUACAUCUCAUGAACAAAAAGAUAAGGCCCAAUUUCUGUAAUCAACAGUCAUGAUGAAGAAUAAAUAAAUAAAUAAAAUAAUUUAGCAUCUA